AUGGCAGAAGUGGCAUUAAAGUGUGAGCAGUGUGAUUUUGUUGGUGAUACAUACACCAGAUUAACAGAGCAUGUGACCACUGAACAUGCUGGAGAAUCAUCGGUCACUGUGCAUGCAGUCAUUUCAUCGGAGAAUUCAGAUGGUGAAGAAAACAAAGAUAGAUAUGCUAAACCAGAAUCGCCAGUUGCUGUAGAGGUUGAAGAGAAGAUUGAUGAAAAUGUUCAUGUUGUGAAAGAAAAUAGUGACAAAGAAGAAGAGAAAUCUCCAGAGAAUACAGAUAAUCAAAAGGAAGAGAAACAGACAGAUGGUGAUGACUCGUCUGAUUUGAAAAAAGAUAUUAGUUUAGUGUGCUUUAUUUGUCAGCAGAAGUUCUCCAAGAAAGAUAGAUUGGCCUCGCAUAUCAGUUAUGUCCAUGGCGGUGUGAAACUGUACGAGUGUACCAUCUGUACUGAGAGAUUCACUUGGAGAGAUAGCUACAGCAGACACUUGCGUAAGGCUCAUCAGGUGAACACCUUUGAUUGCCAGAUGUGUUUGUUUACAAGUGUAGACAGAGCUGGUUUGACAGAGCACAUGAACACACACAUUGAAGUUGAGUACAAGUGUCAGAUGUGUGAUGAGGUAUUUUCCACUGUGCAAAGCUUGGAGGACCACAAGAAAAUCCAUGAAGCUCCUCAGAGUCCUCUGAAAACCAUUGAGGAUAUUAAAAUAUCAACCUUGCGAACCCGACCAAAGUGUAAUGCUUGCAACCUCACGUUUAAGGUACGAAAGUACUACACCCUUCACAAUAGGCUUGUUCAUGGUAUUUACAUGAAAGGGCCGAAGCAUGAAGCCUUAUUAGCAGAUAGUUCGAGCAGCGACAACAAUGGUGAUGAUCUUAAGACUACCUUGUACAGCUGCCACCUGUGUCACAAAACUUACACCAGUUGGAAAUCAUUUGGAUUUCAUAAGAGAAAAGUUCACAAUAUAUUUGUAUUGCCACGUCAAGGAGUAAGGCCGUCUCCUACUGUUCCAAGAGCUUCACAACCCUACAAAUGCUUGGAAUGCUCAGCUAGUUUUGCAAGUGCUAGUAACCGAAGCAGGCAUAUGAAGAUGGCCCAUCAUAGAAUCAAGCAAAAGAAUAAUAAAAUCAAAGUAGAACAAGCAGAUGCCUCAGCUGGAGAUAGGUUUGAAUGCAAUAUAUGUAAUCGCAGCUUUGGUCGCAGAUGUGAUCUUUCACACCAUCAAACCAAAAGCCAUCCAAAUGAAGUGGGUAAACCGCAUCGAUGCAAAACCUGCGGGAAGAGGUUCGUGAAAGAGUGUCAUUUACAAUGUCAUGAAAAAUGGCACUUAAAAUCUAAAAAUAAACCUUGCAAGUGCAAAGUAUGCCACAAAGGUUUCUACAAAAGAUCAGACCUCAUCAGACACAGUCAGAUGCAUAAAAAAGAAACUCACUUUUACUGCAAUAUCUGCCCACAAAACUUUUCUUCUCUGAGUGCUCUGGUGCUGCAUAAGCAGCAGUCGCAUGCCACAGAAAAACGUUCUCCGGCCAACCUGUGCACGGUAUGUGGAGAAAAAUUCACUUCCAAAGUUGCUUUGGCUUGUCAUGUGAAAUCCCAUCCCAAUGUUCAUAUAUGUGAUAUUUGCUCCUUUGCUGCUACGGAAACCAAAAAAUUUAGGUCUCACUAUGAAAAACAUAUUGAUCCCGUAACAAAAGCUUAUAAGUGUUAUUAUCGUGGAUGCCACCACUCGUGUAAAUCAAAGGAUGGCUUACAAAGUCAUAUCAGUAACCACUACUCCGGGGAGCAUUUCAAAUGUAAAAUCUGUGGCUUGAAAACAAAUUAUAAACCCAACCUUGCAAGACAUAUGGAAACAGUGCAUCAAAUCAAAGAUUCAACUCCAAAACGCAUAUAUAAACUUAGUAAGAAAACCCAACAAGAUCAGUCGCCACCGAACAAACGGCCAUCCAUAAAAAGUCUUAUAGUUCGUUUGAAGACUGAGGAGAGUGGACGGGAAAGAGCUCCCACAAAUGAUGAAGAUAGCGAGAUAGAAGACGCAGUUACUAUACCAACAAGAAAAUGUAAAGUAUGUUACAAAGAAUUUAAAAGCUCCUCUGAUUUGAGACGCCAUGAAUGGACACAUAGUGAUGAUAAACCAUACGUUUGUGUACACUGUGGUCGUGGAUUCACAAGACAUGACAAAUUGAAAACGCAUCAGUGUAAACCUGUUAAGAACGUUGGAAUGAGAUGCUCUACUUGUGGGGACUGUUUUGAGUCGCGCUUUGAGCUUUCUUUGCAUCAGGUGACCCAUCGACAGGAUGUCAGAGUACAGUGCUCUCUCUGUGACGAAACAUUCCGAUCACGCGUGGACUUAAAUUCGCAUCAGUAUACAGUUCAUCAAAAUGAGAGGUCUGCGGAAGCACAAAAGAGAGCUGAACCAACUCCAUACAAGUUUACUUGCAGCAAGUGUGGUAAAAUGUUUAAACUCUGGAAGAAUAUGAAAAUACACAUCAACAAAUCUGGACCUUGUCUCGGUGCUGCUCCAAUCUCCAACACUCUUGAAGCGCAGAAUAAUGUUUCUCCUCGAAGUCUUGGCUUGUUCAAGACUCCAACCUCCACGGCCAUUAAGAAGGAGAUUGAUGGUAGUUAUGCUGGAUAUGGUGACUCUACACCAUUGGAUUUAUCAGCGCAUGAUGCUAGCACCAGUAAAGGUCACACUGACAUGUCCGGAUUGAUUAUAUCAAAUGUGUGUUCGCUAAAUAGCAAUGAUGCGCCAUCUGGUAGCGGUAGCGGUGGUGGUAGUCGUGCCCAGUCUCGACUGCAGAUGCUUUUAACAGGUCAUAAAAAACCAGUGGAGACUGUGAAAAUAUGUGACGGAGAUGAAGGAUACAGUGACAAAUCGAAUGGGGACUCAUUGCGCUCCUCGUCCAUUAGUGAGGCUUCUAGUCCAAGUCCAACUCCAACUCCUCGACAAAACCGAUUCAAGUGUAAACAUUGUGAUAUUACAUUUCCUGAUGCCAUGUUAUUCACUAUUCACAUGGGUAUUCACGGUUCCGAUCAUGCAUUCCAGUGUAAUACUUGUGGCGAGAAUUGCCGUGAUCGAAACUCGUUUAUGUUGCACUUUGUGGGACAGCACAGUUAA